UAAAAAGGCUGGCUUGGAGGCAGCCAUGAUCUGCUGUCGAGAAUCACACUGAAAGAACGGUUGACGACCCACCCCAGUCCUGCGUAGAAGCAAAAUGAAGGCGUUUUUUCUUCUUUGUCUGCUUUGCAGUUUGAGACUCAUCUUGGCUUUUGUCCCUGGACCUCUCCCAGCAGAGGAAAAUGAGCCGUGUGACAUCGAAGCAUUGAGCAACUGCACCAAAAUCGGAUCCUGGUGUUACCAGUACUUCCCAGGGCCCCUGUCUUUUUAUUCUGCCAAUGAGUUUUGCAGAAAUCGAGGGUGUGGAGGACGCCUGGCUUCAAUCCACAGUUAUAAGGAGAACAAAUUGGUCUUUAAGCUUGUGCGUAAAGGGAGCCCCUCGUUGCAGAGAGCCUGGAUUGGGGGGCUCAGGUUUCCCAAGUCUAACCUCUUCAUAUGGACUGAUGGGACAAAAUGGGAUUAUACCAACUGGGCACCAGGCCAGCCUGACAACUGGCAUAACGACGAGGAUUGUGUUCAUUUCACCCAAUGCCAUCCCUCGCUUUGGAACGACCUGAGCUGCUCUACUCCGCAGGGUUUUGUCUGCAAAUUUCACCACUGAGUCUGAAGACAAGAGGGGAGACAGCACUUUUACUGCUUUUACAGCUUUCUGCUUGAUGGAACUAAAUAAAUAAAUAGUCCUGCAGUGGUACAGUAGGAGGUGUAAGAAUACACCACGUUAUCCAUGAGUCACAACACUUUCUUUACAUCAUACAGUAGUCGGCACAUUUAUUAGGUAAGACUCUGCGAAACCAGCCCUAAUGCUAACCAGAAUGUGUGAAACCAGCCCUAAAUUACAAUGUUUCAUUCAUAGCUUCAAGACACUCGAAACCACCAGUAGCUGAAAUAUUCGUCUGCUUGACUUAAAGGUUUUGCCCUGCAUUGUAAAAUCAGUUUCAAAGAUCACUAGGCUAUUAACAAUGACAGGGUGACUGCAGUCCAAGUCAUCAGCCUUAAAGGGCUGCGUUGUCGUAUUAUUGAACAGAACAGAACUGAACAAACCCUUAAACCCUGUUCAGUAUUAUAUUUCAUUAAUGAAUCUGUUUUCAUUUACUUGAUUUCAUUUAUUAUAUAUAUUUUUUCUUUUACAAAAAUAAGAGAUUAAUGCAUGGGGUCGUGUGUGAUAUGAGAAUGCCAACCUGGGGGGGGCAGGAUGCUACAUAAUCCCAGAGGACGAAGGCCGCGGGGGCAUUCAAUUCUCAUUUAUCUCACACUAGCCCAUGCACUGUUUUUUAUAUAAUCUCUGGUGAGCAAUAUAUAUAUAUAUAUAUAUAUAUAUAUAUAUAUAUAUAUAUAUAUAUAUAUAUAUAUAUAUAGAUAUAUAUAUGGAAAUCAUCAUCAAUCAGAUCAUCAUCUUUAUAAUGCAGUAUCUACAUUUUCGUACGUUUGAUAAUGUUUUUUGUCUUAGCAUCCUGUUAUUCUGUUUGGUUCAGAAAAGCUAUAUAACAACAUUUAAAAAAAAAGCAAUCCAGCAUAUUAAAAAAUACUGUAUUAGUUAAAAAAUGUUCAUGUUCUUUUUGUAUCCAGUGAAUGAUGUCAGAUGCAGGGUUUCCUUUCCUUUCUUUGGAAGGCGCUCGUGUCAGACCUGUGCACUGUAGCUAACAGGAGAGCAGGGCAGCUGGAGAGCGCGGUAUUGUUUGGUGAGCUACAAUCUCUGAGGCUUUGGUAUCGUUUUUACCCCCCCCCAUGUCAAGUAUUGUGUGUGUGUGUGAGGUUCUACACUGUAUCGCAGUCAGGACUUGCAAAGCCUAUAAUGCAAUAAAGCUUUUUAAAGCAUCUCAAA